CCUUGCUUUUGUUGGCGACCCACAUCCACCUCCCCCAGACGCUCCGUCAAUCAGCUCGACGUUAUGUUUACUCCAACCCCGAGGGACAUUGAUUUCGAAAAUACUGUAUCAAGCCAUAUUCAACCUUUACUCAAUUGUUGCUGGCAAUCGUAUUGAUUCAAUAUGAUGAAAUGCGUGUCGAGGUAUAAUCUGAAAAGUGUCCUGGUCGGCGACGAGUGGAUAUUUUGCAAGUCAUUGAAAUGCAGAGAACCAUUUUUGCAUGGAUUCAUGAGUCAUCUUUGAAACCUGAUUUAGGGGAUGAAGCUGUGGGGCUGGACGUGUGUGCUGCUCCUCUCCCUCCUGGCUCUCUCUGAGUCCCAGGCUGAAGCUCAGGGUGACCUAGACCUGGAGAUGGAGGAUGAAAUGGAGGAAGCUAUGGUGGAAGACAUGGUAGAAGAUAGGGAAGACUCAGCAGAGAUAGAGGCGGAGAUGGAAGGGGAGGCGGAAGAAGAGAAGGGAACCGAUGCCAACGUCUCCUUCCAGGUGACCUACAAGACUCCUGUUCCCAUCGGAGAAGUGUACUUCUCAGAGACCUUUGAUGACGGCUCACUGGACAGGUGGCAGGUGUCAAAGACCAUGAAGGAAGACGCAGACGAUGAAAUUGCUAAAUAUGAUGGUAAGUGGUCUGUGGAGCAGCUGAAGGAGAAUAAAGUACCAGGAGACAUGGGUCUGGUUCUGAAGUCCCGGGCCAAACAUCACGCCAUCGCCUCCCUGUUGGACAGACCCUUCCUCUUCCGGGACGAUGCCCUAGUCGUACAGUAUGAGGUGAACUUCCAGGAUGGUAUUGACUGUGGUGGAGCCUACAUCAAACUGCUGUCAGACGAAGAGGACCUGGAUCUGGAUCAGUUUAAUGACCGUACCUCCUACACCAUCAUGUUUGGGCCUGAUAAGUGUGGAGAGGACUACAAGCUGCACUUCAUCUUCCGCCACAGGAGCCCUCUGAACAAAGACCUGGACGAGAAACACGCCAAGAGGCCCGACGUCGACCUGAAGAAGUUCUACACAGACAAGAAGACUCAUCUCUACACACUGGUCCUGAACCCAGACAACAGCUAUGAGAUCCUGGUAGACCAGAGCAGUGUCAGUCGUGGCUCUCUGCUUCAUGAUGUGGUUCCUCCUGUUAACCCCACCAAGGAGAUAGACGAUCCCACUGACUCUAAACCUGAAGACUGGGACGAGAGGGCCAAGAUACCAGACCCAGAGGCUGUCAAACCUGACAACUGGGAUGAGGAGGCUCCGGCUACGAUCCAGGACCCUGAUGCUGUGAAGCCAGAGGGAUGGCUGGACGACGAGCCGGAGUUUGUAGCCGACCCCGCCGCCGACAAACCAGACGACUGGGAUGAGGAGAUGGAUGGAGAGUGGGAGGCCCCUCAGGUUCCUAACCCAGUGUGUGAGACAGCCCCUGGAUGUGGGCAGUGGAAACCCCCUACCAUCAACAACCCUCAGUACAAGGGCAAGUGGAAGGCUCCUCUGGUGGACAACCCCCACUACCAGGGUGUGUGGAGCCCGCGUAAGAUCCAGAACCCGGACUACUUCGAGGACCUGGCUCCGUUCCAGAUGACGUCGUUCAGAGCCGUGGGGCUGGAGCUCUGGUCCAUGACCUCCGAGAUCUACUUCGACAACUUCAUCAUCACUUCAUAUAAAGAGGUGGCCGAUCGCUGGGCUGGAGACAGCUGGGGACUCAAGAAACUGGUGGCUAGUGCCAACGAGCCGGGUGUGUUUUCCCAGUUGACCAUGGCAGCAGAGGAGAGACCGUGGCUCUGGGUGGUCUACAUACUGACUGUUGGUCUGCCCAUAGGACUGACUGUGUUAUUCUGCUGGCCCAAGAAAUCAGAUGAUGACUAUGUGUACAAGAAGGUGGACCCGCCUAAACCCGAUGUAGAAGAGGAGGAGGAAGAGGAUGAUGAAGAGGAGGAGGAGGAAGAAGAAGAAGAAGAGGAGAAGGGAGACCAAGCAGCUAAGGCCAAACCUACUGAGAGUCCAAAACCUGCAGAAGAGAAGAAAGAGAAGGCGGAGGAGGAGAGUGGGGCAGCUGGAGGGGACAGCGUAGAAGAUGAAGAGGACGAUGAGGAGGAUGAAGGAGAGGAGGAAGAAGAGACCAAGUCCAAUGAGGCAGCAUCGGAUGAUGUCAGUGCUGAGCAGAAGGUGGAGGCAGACGAGGGGGGCCACAGCGUUGGCGACGGACACAAACAGGCCGUGAGGAAGAGGAGGGUACGGAAAGACUGAUGAAGACCAACGACAACAAAUGAAGCCUUCUCUCUCUCUCUCCUCCUCUCUCUCUCCUCCUCUCUCUCUCCUUCACUCUCUGUCUCUCUCUCUCUUUUUCUCUCUCUCGGUCUCUCUCUCCUCCUUUCUCUCUCUCUCUCUCUCUCUUCCUCCUCUCUCUCUCCUCUCUCCUCUCUGCAUGCCCUCUGGUGGUCCUAGUGACCAAGAUACUACCCCUCCUCCCCCAUCAGUCAAAUGUUCUCUCUAUCCGUUACGCCUCUCUCUAAGGCCAUCGAGGCUACCCUGACCCCCCCCCCCCCCCAACCCUCCUUUCUUCCAAAAUGAAUACUAUGCCCCCUCAUCUCCUUCCUCCUUCCCCCCCAUCCUCUUCAUCAGCUGCAACUUUCUAACCCCCCCUCUCCUCUUCAGCGUCCAGUCUUCCUGACUAUAGUUCCUAGUUCUGGUUUAUUGUUGACAUUUUGUACAGCUUCAGAAGUAUUCUUUUUAUUCAACCUGAAGUUGAA